AUGUUUGAAAAACUGUUAAUAGUCAAUGAAAAAAAAACUCAUAUAUUGUACAAAGCAGGCAAGCGUAUGUCAAGAGUACGUAAUCAAAAUAAAAACAAACAGUACGUAACAGCAAAGAACGAUAAAAUGACAAAAAAAAAAUCGACUCCAUUAUUGGAAUUCAUCAGCAAUCUGUUUUCUGUUGAUUUUCAAACAGUGAAAUGUCAGAAACUGCCAAUAUGUGCGAAUGUAGGACGUUUCUAUGGAUUGGAUUAUAUCUGCCACACAUUGUAUUUUCUAUUAUUACUUAUUGAUUGA